AAAUAUCUUCGCCAGCCAUGCCGCAGUUAUAUAUGAAAGGUGGCGACUCUUCAGUCUUCUCUGUGGAAGCCCACAGUUAUCUUAUCUUCGCUUUUCAUUACAUGACAACUCGUGUUUACACAUUGUUUCGCUUCUCAAUCUCCUCAAUUGCCUCUGUGCAGCUUCUUUCAUGACCCCUUUAUGCUACCAUUGGUUCGCUUUCUAACUUGAAGAUUAAGUUUCUAUUUUUGUAUUGUUCCGUUGUGGGUUCGGCCUGUUUCUGUCUUUGCUCUAUCGGUAUGUGAUUGCUUUUGUGUUUCUGUUUCUGGGUUUUGUUUUGUUUUUUUCUUGGGUUGUGAAGUUGUUGGCUUUAGUUGUUUCUUGUUGUUGAAGGGUGAGUGAGUUCUGUGCUUUUGUUUUUGGAAAUUGUGAUUUUGAAGGAGGGUUUUGGGAGCUGUGGGUGAAAUUCCUUCUCGUACAAGCUUCUGUGGAGUUUGUUUUUGAAGGGAGCUGGUUGAAUGAUAUGAUCUAUUUAUAAUAGAAAGAUUGUUUAGAAUACAUUGAGCUGGAGACUCUCUAUGAAAUGGAUCAAGAUCAUUUACUCGAGCAGAAAUUGAGUCCCAUAUCAGCAUCUGCAGUAAUCCCUGAAAGGGAAAGCAGCUGUUUUGAAUGCAAUAUUUGUUUACACUCGGUAAACGAUCCUGUGGUUACCCUCUGUGGUCAUCUAUACUGUUGGGUUUGCAUUUAUAAGUGGCUCCAUGUCCAAACUUCCUCUCAUGAUGCCAACAAACAGCAGCAGAAGUGCCCCGUCUGUAAUGCUGACAUUUCGCUUACUUCAUUGGUCCCUCUCUAUGGCGGUGGAACGUCCUCUUCAGAAUGUGAAUCCAAGAAGCAUAAUUUCGGUCUGGCUGUGCCCCAUAGACCAUCUCCUUCUAUGUUGAACACGUCAAGUUCUAGCCCUACAACAUCUAUUGCACAUCGAACUCCACAACUGCAUCAAGAUCUCUUUCAUCCACAAAGACGGUCAUUGCUUAACCCACAGUACUGCCCUCACCAUACCUGUGGUUAUGCAUCCAUUGCAACUUCGAGUCUUGUUGGUAUGGCAACAAUUAGUUUCGUCAACCCGCUGAUCAGAAUGUUUGGAGGGAUGAUAUUAGAAAGGAUUUUUGGAAUUUCAGUCUCAAGUUUGUCCUUGAAUCGUGUUUCUCAUCCUCUAAUGAGUAGCAACCAUACAUUGCGAAGGCAGCAAGUGGAGAUUGACAAGUCCCUUAACAGAGUAUCGAUCUUUCUCAUUUGUUGCCUGAUUCUGUGUCUUCUUUUGUUCUGAUUGGGUGAUUUUUUAGCAUUAAUCCUGUUCAUACUACCAAUGUUGAUAGAAGUUCCUAAGUUGAGUAGAAACUUUUGUGGGACUGCUCUGCUAUAUCAUAAAGUGUAGGUAAUGUCUUACUCUUCAUUGUAAAUAAGUAGAAUCCUAGUAGAAUUCCAAAUUAAAUAAGAUAUCUACCUUAUUACAUUACUUCUAAAUUAAGAAGUUUAAAUAGGGGUUGAACCGA